UACUUUAACGCAUAGAGAAAAAACAGUGUGUGAGUAAACUGAAGUGGUUUUGUUUUGUGUCUUUCUGUUCUUCUUCUUCCUGUGGAUUUCUCUCUUCGCCUUUUCACCUUCUCUGCGUGAACCAGCACCGCUUCGUUUCUUCAUCAAACCAACGAUGUUCUCGUGGUGAAGCAUCACACCGGUUAUUAUGGCGUGACGGAUGCCUCUUUAAUGAUUUGUAUUUUAUACGAAUCAAGUAGUGCUCUUUAGUGGAAAUCAGACGGUUCCAUCAACUGAGUCCACUAUUUUACAUACAUUUGUGUCAUAGACAUUGUUGUAGUAUCAAAUGUAAACUUACACCAUAAUUUCUCUGUUUGUGUGUGUUUUUUCUGCAAACUUUUCCCAAGACAUGUCGUCAUGGUGGGGAAAGCUUUCAUCCAAAGAGGGUAAGGGGAAGGCAAAGAAGGAAAGUAUUUUUGAUGCAAUACAGCGAAAAUUAAAGAAUGCUUCUAAAGACAACAAAAAAUCAGGAGGAUCUAAGAGACAUUGCAGUGACACUAUCUCAGAGAAGGGAUCUAGAUCCAUUGCACCUUCAAGUUCAUCAUCACCCUCGAAACAGGUCUCCCGAUGUCAAAGCUUUGCAGAAAUAUAUCAUUCUCCGACUCAGCCACUCCCGUCGCCAGGCUCAAACCUUCAUACUAUUGAUGACGAUGAUUCUGAAAUCAUUUCGACAGCUAAACUGGAAAGAGCCAGAUGCUCUAAACCAUCUAUUUAUGUAUCUAGUAGGGGAGUUCCUACAAAUGUGGAGGGAGAUUCUAGUGUCAGCUCUAUUGAUGGUGGCGACUCAGCUGAUUCUUAUAUUGUUAGUCCUCGGGCAUCCAGGGGCGAAAAUGGAAACAGAGCCAACAUUAACAGCUGUUUCAGGGUUGCGCACAAGGACCGAUCACAUAAUACUAUCAAAAGAAGCUCAACACGAUCCUCCAAGCCAGCUCAUCAAUCGCGCAAUAAUAAGCUUCUAUCUGCCGCUGCAAAAGGGGUUCAUUUACAUCCGAAAAAUCUGCAAGUAGCUCGUCCAGGAGGUUUAUGCAGUGCUCCAGAUAGUUCAAUGUCAAAUCCUUCUAUAAAUCCAAUGAAAGCAUCUGGUUCUGAGCAAGUUUUGAACUCCGAAUUCUUGACAGGAAAGCCUUAUCCAACAGAUAUAGCUUCUGGGAACUGCUAUAAUCUGGGUUCAGGCCAUAAUUCAGUUGGUGGGAAUCUGUCACGACAGACAUUUUGUCCACAGCACAGGUGUAGUCCUGAGUGUUCUCCAAUUCCUAGUCCCGGAAUGACAAGUCCGGGUCCUGGUUCCAGGAUACAGAGCGGUACUGUGACCCCUCUGCAUCCACAAGCUGGAGGUGCUGUUGCAGAAUCGCCUACAAGACGCCCAGACAAUGGGAAGCAACAAACUCAUCCGUUACCACUUCCUCCGAUAAGGGUUACGAAUCCUUGUCCAUUUUCUACAACUUGUUCUGUGCCCACAACUCCUGUCCUUCGUAGUCCUUCCAGCACAGAAAAUUCAACAAGCCCAUGUUCACCAUGGAAAAAGGGGCAGUUGCUUGGAAGGGGAACGUACGGGCAUGUAUAUUUUGGUUUUAACAGAGAAAACGGCGAGAUGUGUGCAAUGAAGGAGGUAAUCCUUUAUUCGGAUGAUGCUAGAUCAAGAGAAUGUGCACAGCAACUUGGCCAAGAAAUUGCUAUGCUGAGUCAGUUGCAGCAUCCAAAUAUAGUCCAAUAUUAUGGAACUGAGACGGUGGAUGACAAACUUUAUAUAUACUUGGAAUAUGUCUCUGGUGGGUCAAUCUAUAAACUGGUUCAAGAAUAUGGCCCAUUAGGUGAAAAUGCCAUUCGUAAUUACACUCGGCAAAUUCUGUUAGGACUCGCAUAUUUACAUGCUAAGAACACUGUUCACAGGGAUAUCAAAGGAGCAAACAUAUUGGUGGAUCCUAAUGGGCGGAUAAAAUUGGUUGAUUUUGGGAUGGCAAAACAUAUAAGCGGCCAGGCUUGCCCAUUUUCUUUGAAAGGAAGUCCUUAUUGGAUGGCACCUGAGGUUAUAAACAAUUCAAAUGGUUGUAAUCAAGCUGUUGAUAUAUGGAGUCUGGGAUGUACUGUUUUGGAGAUGGCAACGUCAAAACCUCCCUGGAGCCAGUAUGAAGGGGUUGCUGCUAUGUUUAAGAUUGGGAACACCAAGGAACUUCCUACUAUUCCAGAACAUCUAUCAGAAGAGGGAAAAGAUUUUGUCAGGCUUUGUUUGCAAAGGAAUCCACAAAAACGUCCCUCAGCUGUUCAACUUCUUGAGCAUCCAUUUGUUAAAAACGCUGUGUCGGAAAGAAACGUUGUGCCCGCUGAUCCUUCAGAAGCGCCACCUGCUGUUAUAAAUGCCCUGAGAUCUCUGGCCAUUGGACCGGGCAAACAUAAAUCUAGAAGCUCAAGAGCUGGUCCUGGAUCAAGGGAUGCACACUCAUCAAGGAACAUGUCAUGCCCCGCUUCACCCCCUGGGAACCUUAUUUUGCCUUCAAGGCUAACCCAUGCGAGUGGAAGGACGCCUCCCUCUCCAUUAUCAAGCCCUCAUACUGCAUCUGGCUCAUCUACACCAAUCACCAGUGGUGGCGGUGCUAUCCCAUUAAAUCACACAAAGCAACCAAAACAUGAAGCUAAGGGUAUGUUCCAACAGUCCCAGAAUUCAAAUAGAAACACUGCUCACCAGAAGUCAAAGAAUGGCCAGUUUGGGAGAAAUGUGCAAAUUAAACAAGCUUGCAGGGAUGUAAGUUCAUCUGAUAAUGCCAUUCUUGCAAAAAAUAAUAGGAGGGUCUCUAGAGAAGUUCGUGAUGGGAAAUCUGAUUUGGAUGAUUGUUUGUCGCAACAGCUGUCUAAGGAUCAUGUACGGGUGAAUGCAUCCCUAAGUCUUAAUCCUGGUGCUCAAAGGCUUGGUCGCAAAAAUGGCCAUGAUCAUCCGCAUGUCAACGAUCAGAUGGAUUGUGUGAAAUACCGUAAAAAUGUUGGAGGUCAUUCGAGAAGCGGAGCAUAAUCAUUAAAUAUGGUUUUGCAGGUAAAACUGGUUACUUUUAGUCAAAUGCCAGUUUUAUUUUUAAUUUAUAGAUGCAGGAUGUUUAGAAGAUAGUCUAACAAACAUGUAUAGUUCUAGUUUAAGAAACAAGGUGUAAUAAUCUCUCAGUCCUGGGGAAACCAUUUCAUAGCAUUGCAAGAAUAUGUACAUUAACAACUCUGGCGCUGCCAAUGCUUUGUAUUUUACCCUGCUGGCUGGGAAGUAUACAAACAAAUAUCUAUUGUCAAAUAUGGUCAGAAACUCAACUAUAGUUCAUAUAAACAAGACUUUCAUCUCUAA